CCUUGGUUCAGCCCUCCCUGCCCAAGCAAUGCAGCAGAAGCAACUGCAGGAAGCCCGAGACCUGCCCCUGGUGGCCCCAGACUGACUGGCCCCUUAGCGUUGGGAUCUAGUGCCAUGGAGGGACAGACCCAAGGAAGCAGAGUCCUUUCAGAAAAGCCCCUUCCUGCCUCUGCCACCCGCCACUUGUCUUCUCUGGGGGCCGUCUUCAUUCUCCUGAAGUCUGCGCUGGGAGCGGGACUGCUCAACUUCCCCUGGGCCUUCCACAAGGCCGGGGGCAUGGUGCCCGCCUUCCUGGUGGAGCUGGUCUCCUUGGUCUUCCUGAUCAGCGGGCUGGUCAUCCUGGGCUAUGCGGCCUCUGUCAGUGGCCAGGCCACCUACCAGGGUGUGGUCCACGGGCUCUGUGGCCCCACCAUCGGGAAACUGUGUGAGGCCUGCUUCAUCCUCAACCUGCUCAUGAUCUCCGUGGCUUUUCUCAGGGUAAUCGGAGACCAGUUGGAGAAGCUGUGUGACACUCUCCUGCCCAGUGACCUGCAGCCAUGGUAUGCUACCCAGCGCUUCACCCUACCCACGCUGUCUAUGCUGGUCAUCCUGCCCCUAUCCAUGCCACGGGACAUCGCUGUCCAGAAGUAUACAAGCACCCUAGGCACCUUGGCUGCCUGCUACCUGGCCCUGGUCAUCACAGUGCAGUACUACCUCAGGCCCCAGGGCCUCCUGCGCGAGCCCUGCCCUUCGCUGAGUCCCCCCUCCUGGACCUCCGUGUUUAGUGUCUUCCCCACCAUCUGCUUCGGUUUCCAGUGUCACGAAGCCGCCGUCUCUAUCUACUGCAGCAUGCGCAGCCAGAGCCUCUCCCACUGGGCCCUGGUCUCCAUACUGUCCCUGCUGGCCUGCUGCCUCAUCUACUCGCUGACAGGGGCUUAUGGCUUCCUGACGUUCGGGGCCGAGGUUUCUGCCGACAUCUUGAUGUCCUACCCAGGUGACGGCGCAGCCAUCAUCGUUGCCCGACUCCUCUUCGCCGUCUCCAUCGUGACAGUCUACCCCAUUGUGCUCUUCCUGGGGAGGUCCGUGAUGCAGGAUUUCUGGACAAGGAGCCGCUGGGGGACACGGGGGCCACUGGUGAUGGCCGACCCCACGGGGCCAUGGGUUCGGGUGCCGCUGACCGUCCUAUGGGUCACAGUGACACUGGCCAUGGCCCUGUUCCUGCCCGACCUCAGCGAGAUCGUUGGCAUCAUCGGGGGCAUCAGCUCCUUCUUCAUCUUCAUCUUCCCUGGUCUGUGCCUCAUCUGUGCCGUGGACGUCGAGCCCACAGGACCGAGAGUCAAGUGCUGCCUGGAGGUCUGGGGCGUGCUCUCCGUGCUGCUCGGCACCUUCAUCUUCGGGCAGAGCACGGUGGCGGCCGUCCUGGAGCUGCUCUGAGCGGCCCCCACGUCCAUGCCUGAUACAGAUUCAGCUUUCCUCAUGAAGACGCUGGGGAGACGGACGGCUUCCGCCUUCCAGCUGCCUGCGGACUGUGCUCCUUCCCAGGAUUUCCGGGGCGAGGGUGAGGAAGGACGGCAUUAGGUUCCGGCGGCUGCUGUAACAAAUUGCCACAACGAUGGCCCAAAGCAGCGGAAGCGUGUUGCUUCCAGUCCGGGGGCCAGAAGCCUGGGAUGGAGGUGUGGUGGGCCGUCUCCCUCUGUGGCCCCAGCGGGCUCCUGCCCCUGCCUGUUGGUGGCUGUUGGUGCUCCUCCGUGAUCCCUGGCUCCAGAUGUCACUCUGUCUCUGCUUUCGUCCUCACCGGGCCGCCUCCCCUUCUUACAAGGAGAGCCCUUCAGGACCCAUCCUGUUAGCACGCCCUCACCAAACUUGACUGCGUCUCAUGUCAGGACGCAGGAUGUGUAAAGAUCCAACCUCCAAAUAAGGUGGGUGCCUGGGGUCAGGACUUCAGCUCACCUUGCUGCAAACACAGCUCAGCCCAGAACACGGAGGUGGGGGCCGAGGCUUUGGGUGUUCUGAUCAAGGCAUCAGGUGAGGGCAGCGGGAGCCCAGGCAGCAAAGUGGGGCAUCCCUGUGGGACAGUGGUGGACUCGAGUGAGUCCUCCAGCCAGGGAGGACCUGGUCCAGAAGAUGCAUGGGGAGAUGGCUGCCCAGGGCGGGCGCUCACCAUGCACGCGUGAUCCCUGGAGAGCUCCUUCCCUUGCACUCGCUGGGCCUGGAGAGCCCAGAAGCUCCCUCCUGGCCCCACCCUGGCCCUGACCCCUGACCUGGCCCUCCAGGAGUUGGCCUGCUGCAGGGUGGCAGGGACAGAGGGUCUUCCUUUGGAAGGACUGUGCCCUCCCCUUGUGUGUCACCCACAGUGUCUGACCGGGUGAGGCGGCAGGGGCUGGGGCCACGUGUUUGCACCAGCCUGCCCACAUCUCCCUGGUGGCAAAAUGGAGCUGGCUCAGGGCUCACGGUGUUUCCUGUGACAAGCAAGGGUGGCGCUGUGUCUCCAGUGGCCGGCGAGUCUCCCGCAGUGGGGCCCAGGAAGCUUAGCUUCAGUUCCCGGGAAGAGGUGGAGACUGGCAGGGGACGCUGUGCCGAGCACCCCCGGAAAGGGAAGCGGGAGGCUUCGAGGGCUCCCUGCUGGGAGGAGCAGAGGACGGGGCUUUCAGGGCCCAUCACACUGCCGGGGGACAGAGGUGUCCUUUCCAGUCCCGUGACAGCUUCAGAAGCGGGCCAUACGUGAGCGGUCCUGACAGGAUGCGGGUGGGGCGCCCCCUCUGCGGGCUGACCCGGGCUAGGGAGGUGCGGGGGCCUUUUGGACCGUCCAGUUCAAACACCAAGUGGCGCCUCGGGUCUGUGCAGCCAGACACAGGGAG